AUGUCAAGCCAUCUUGUUAGGCUUCAGCAUCAUCAAGCUCGACAAAACCAACUAUAUCGAACAGGCAGUAAUUCGUCUCUACGAUCAGGAGAAUCAAAUCAACAAUAUACGACAGGCGCAACAGAAAAUGCUAAUGGUGGACAUGGGUCCAUUAUUUCUGGUUCUAUUCUCUCUGGGGGAGCUAGUAAUAUCCGUUCUGGCUCAAAAUUAGAUUAUAAUCAAACAGCACAUGUACCAUUUGAAGUUCUGGUAUCUGCUCAAAGAGAUUCAAAUGAAAAUGGCUAUGGUAUUACAGGUUCAGUUAUAGGAAGUAAUCAGAUACAAAAUGGCUCGUAUGUUGGCCGACCCGGAUAUGCAAUGCGAAGUGCUAGUAUUGUUAGUUAUCAGCCCUCUACAAUUGCUGGAAAGUCGACUCAAGGUGGAAGAUCUCUCAAUAGUGCAAGUCAUUUAAAAUUGUCACGAAGUUUAGGAGCUUCGAAAGUGAGAUUUAUUUUUAUUUUCUUUACCAAAUUAUGUUAA